AAACCCGAUUGCCCUCGUAGUCGUUUGUCAUCGCGCGACCGAUUACCCCGCCGCCGCCGCGUCGGCAGCGGCGAUGGCGUCGUCGUUGUCGCGGGCGCUGCUCCGCCGCGUCGCAGAACUGGCUAGAGGACGCCUCCGCGCCAACCACCGCAUGCUCUCAUCCGCGUCGUCCACCGCCGCCAUCGAGAGGGCUUCGCAGUUGCCGGCGGAGGCCCAGGCCGUGCGCAUGACGGAGGGUUGCGUGCGGAGAUUAAAAGAAUUACAUGCUAAAAAACCAUCUGCUGAAGGUAAGAUGCUGCGCUUAAGCGUUGAAGCUGGUGGAUGUUCUGGGUUCCAAUAUUCUUUCGCUCUUGAUGACAAGAAAAAUGCAGAUGACAGGUUUUUUGAGACUGAUGGUGUUAGAUUGGUCGUGGAUGACAUCUCAUAUAAUUUCGUAAAAGGUGCCACUGUGGAUUACGAGGAGGAACUUAUACGUUCAACAUUUGUGGUUUCAACAAAUCCCAGUGCUGUUGGAGGCUGCAGUUGCAAGAGUUCUUUCAUGGUGAAAUAGCUUCAAUGUUACCUUGAAGAGAUCAAUAACCGGAGUUCUGUAGCGAAACAUACGCUUUAGAUCUGAGUGUACAAUUGGUAUUUUUUGGUAGCUCUUGAGAUGUUUCUUUUUGAGUUUUAUUACCUUAAAGAGAACAAUAACCAGAAAUAUCAAUCACAAACUGUCUGGUUCAA